ACGAAGACGCUUUGGACGCCAUGUAUGAGGUGGCUGAGUACUACAAAACUGCCAGUAUCCGAUCGCGCAAGCAUUCCCUUGAGCUGGAAUCCCCGGUAAAGGCUACGAUCUCACUGUCGUACUCGCAUCGAACGCCAUCAUACGUCGACUUGUGUGGUUGUGUCAAGGCCUUCUGCGCCGACCCCCAGCUCGACGAAUGCUCCGCCAUCUGCAUUUCCAAGAAAAAUGCCCGCGGCUCAUGCCUCGUCGACGCAGGUGUCCUUCGCCUGCGCUUUGACUCUGGGUCAAAUGCUGUCCUCCCAAGAUCGACAACGGCCGAAGGGAUCGGCUUGAGACAGCCUUGCGCGCGAUGGUGCGAGGCUCGGAUGGACUUCAAAACCCUCAGGUAGGGAGGGUCCACGUG